CGGUACAAUCGAAUACUGACUAAGCUUGGUUUUGCGCAGGAUUGAAUAAUACAGACACCCCCACUACGCCUCGGUCCAUCGCCAUCUUCCAGAGCAUUGCGGAGUUUCCGAAGCCACCAAGCCAGCGCUCACUAAUUACGGCAUCUUCUGAGUUAGUUCGAAGACCAUCUUUCCAGUCCCUUCUCCCUCAUCUUCUUGUUUUCAUACAAAACACUCCGUACGUCACUACAUACCGGUCGUCCAACUUUGACACCCCAUCCCACCAUCAUCCCGCACACGACCCACAUUCACAGCCAGAUCUUGCACGCGACCCGCGGGUUUUCGCAAACGUCGCCAAAGUGUUCGCAUCACUCUUUCGAAGGGCCACCUCGCCUCGAUCUCUGUCCCUGUUCUCCGUGCCCGUCGCUGCCGCCGCAUCGCAUAACCAGCACGUAUCACCUGUAGCGGGGCUCUCGACUGCUUCAAGUUUUUCAAAAGUCCAAGCGCGUAACAUGCAUUCAAAAGUAGUCAUCAUUGGCUCUGGGCCAGCAGGCCACACCGCAGCCAUCUAUGCUGCACGAGCUGACCUGAACCCCGUAAUGUACGAGGGCUUCAUGGCUCUCGGCAUUGCAGCAGGCGGUCAGUUGACCACCACUGACGAAGUCGAAAACUUCCCUGGCUUCACAAAGAUUGGUGGAGGAAAGCUCAUGGAGCAAAUGCGUGAACAAUCCGAAGCAUGUGGCACUGAAAUCAUUUCCCAGACCGUCGCCAAGGUUGACCUGAAGGCGCGCCCUUUCAAGUACUGGCUACACCCCAUGGGUGACGAUGUCGAAAUUGAGGAGGAAGAACACACUGCCGAUGCUCUGAUCAUCGCAACCGGAGCCAAGGCAAGGAGGUUAGAUCUCAAGGGCGAGGACAAGUACUGGGGUAAUGGUGUCUCUGCAUGCGCAGUUUGCGACGGAUCACUGCCCAUGUUCCGUGACCAGCCCCUCGUCGUCAUUGGAGGCGGAGAUUCAGCAGUAGAGGAGGCACUAUACCUCACGAAGAAGGCGAAAAAGGUUACCGUACUCGUCCGGCGAGAUAAGCUACGGGCUAGCCGAACCAAUGCCCGCCGGUUGACAACACACCCGAAGAUUGAGGUCAUGUUCAACACCAGCGGUGUUGAGAUCAAGGGCGAGGAGAAGAAGAAUGGCCUCAUGACACACUUGGUGGUCAAGAACAACCAGACACAGGAGGAGCAGACUCUCGAGGCCAAGGGCUUGUUCUAUGCCGUAGGACACGACCCAGCCACCGCGCUGUUCAAGGGACAGCUCGACAUGGAUGAGGAUGGCUACCUGAUCACUAAGCCUGGUGAGGGUCUUACCAGUGUGGAGGGUGUCUUUGCUGCCGGCGACGUUCAAGACAAGCGAUACCGACAGGCCAUCACCAGCGCAGGAUCCGGCUGCGUUGCUGCUCUCGAAGCCGAGAAGUGGCUCGCUGAGCGUGACGAGAGCGUCAGCAACGAACUCGAGACCGAGAACCAAGCCGAAAAAUCACAGACCAACGGCAUCGUUCCCGAAUACCGCUCCAACCCUCUUCUAUAAACGGCUUGUCCCUGCCUGGCUACUGUCGCGUACUUGCACUGUCUUUAGAACAAUUUUUUUCUGGCACACCUUGGACAAGAAGGACACAAUUCCUUUCCUUUUUCAAUGCAUAUCUGAAUGACAUGGAGAAAAAAGCAACCCAUGUCUUGUAUAGAUUUCGGCAACAUGAUAGAAGCCUUUUUUGCAUCAUGGUUUAGCUGGUUCGGGUGUGGCAUCGGGUGUGGCAUAUUAUAUAGAAUCUUGAGCGGUCGAUUUAGGAUUUAGAUAUGGAGAACUCUCGGCAGAUAAGGAAAUUUGAAGUUGUAUCUUGAAUGGGUAUCAUAUUUUAGUGCUACACGAGGAAUGCGAGUGCUUUUUGUCUCAGACUGUCCUCGAGAUUGAUGAUUCGGCUCAUCG